UGAUCAUAUAAAUCACACUGAAGGAGACACCUUUUAUCAGAUCAAUGGAAAUACAGAGAGAGGUCAGCAAGAGACAAAGAGACAUUUAAUUUGGUAAUGAGUUGUGGGACGCUCCAGAUUAAGCAGUUAGAAGAACCCGGGAAGGGAUUUCUUUAGUACGACCCAGCUUGAAAAGUUGCUCGACGGACUUUUGAGGACUUUCAAGGACUUUCAAGGAAGCGCUAUGUCUCGUCCUCAGAUUUUAGUUCUACUCCUGUGUUGUCUCCCUUUGGCAGCCCCUUUGUGCUGUUACACCUGUUUUUUUCCGGCCAUCUCUCCUAUGGAUUGCAUCAAGUAUCGUCAGGAGUGUCCAGCUGGCCAGCAGUGUCUCUCAAGUGUGGCGACAGGAAGACGAGGUGCUCUACAAAUAACGAUAUACGAGAAGAGCUGCGCCAUCAACUCCCAGUGUGGUCUGAGCGGACAGAAGUACACAACGGGCAUCUACUUCAACUACACUAACACCUGCUGCAAUACGGACCUGUGCAAUGGGGCCGUGACGGUUGCUGCACUCAGCUGGAGAGGAGUGGCGCUCUGCCUCCUGCCUGCAAUCACCCUCCUGCUGGGCUGAGCAGCAGAGGCCAAAUCAAGAGAGACUGGAAAAAAAACAAGGGUUGUAACACAAGAUUUAGAGAAUUUCUGUUUUUGUGGAGAAUUAACCAGGAACAUGCCCCAAGAGGCCACUCAGCACAUAACUCUGCUUUAUGCUUUAAUGAAGAUAAUUAAUUUUUCAGCUUGAUUUGUCACAUUUUUGUCUUCCACAAUAAUCCUUAUAGAUGGAAAACUGCAAUAUACAAGUAAAAUAAUGUCAGAAGAAAUAAUUACGGGUUGGGGGAAAAAAAAAAGAAAAGAAAUGCAAUUUUUUUAUUUUUUAACAGUGGCCGUACUAAUAGACCCCUUCAUGGCCUACGUCACUGUGACGUCAUGAUGUUAACUGGAGGCAAAACAGAGGGAAACUUGAGGCAAAUACUGUCAAGUUCAACCAUGAAAAUGUCAUCUUGCUGUAUUUUUGGUACUAAAAUCAAAACACUAACUGCCACUCGAAGACAACUUUGAUUUGGCGAUUAAAAGAAAGGAUUGGAGUGAGACAAUCAACAGAUUAAUGCAUCAGUUUUAGCCUGGAAAACGUUAAAGGUUAGAAUAAAUCGUGACUGAAAUGACAUUACGUUAAUCCUUA